AUGCCUAGCAUUCCUUUGCUGGCGGAGCUUGGAGCAAAGGCCGCUGAGUUUCAGAGAUUAUUAGACUCCACUGAAGCGCCUGAAACGGUGAAGAAGAAGCUUCGUCCAAUCAUGGAGCCGGAGGAGCUUUUUGUUUCUCAGGAUUCUCGGAUUUUUGUGCGUUGUCGUCCUAUUAUUCCUUUUGAUCAGGAAGACAUGUAUAGUGAGAGCAUGAUUCGUAAGGUAGAAGGACGCCGUGAUCUUGUUCUAAUGGUACCCAAGGUUUCUUUAGCUGGACAGUGCUUGCUAGACCCUCAUACGGUAAAUCUUGAUGGCGUUUUUGACGGAAUGGAUGAUACUUCAAGAGUUUAUAGAGAAUCUUGUUAUCCUCUGGUUAACUUAUCGGUUGAAGGAGCCUCCACCUGCGUUCUUUGUUAUGGACAAACGGGGAGUGGCAAAACCUAUACAACGGCAGGCAUUCUUCAGCUUAUAUCAAGAGAUCUAGCUUCCUAUUUUAAAUCUUAUGACAUUUUUAUUACUGUCAUUGAAAUACAAGCCAAUAAAAACAUUGAUCUUCUAACGGGAACGGAAGUGCAAGUUGUGGAAGAUGUAUCUGGAGAAUUAAAAAUUAGAGGGGCUGAUGCCUUUGAAUGUUCAAAUGAAGAAAUAUUAUGGGCAGUAUUUGAAGAAGCGGCUUCACAAAGAAUGACAAAAACAACAGGUAGAAAUGAGGCCUCUUCCCGUUCACAUAUGGUAACUUGUAUAAGAAUUGUCUCAAAAAAUAGUAAAUGGGCAAAACCUGGAGAACUUUUUGUGGUGGACCUCGCGGGAAGUGAAAACACAGCCGAUAGUGCAACCCAUGAUAAAGAACGUCAAAUGGAAGCAAAAUUUAUUAAUACUUCACUUAUGACACUCAAAGAAUGUAUUAGAACUCGCGUAUUGGCGGCAACCAGUACAAAUCAUUUACAUAUUCCAUUUAGAAGAUCGCCCUUAACUUUGUUACUUCGUGAUUGUUUUGAGAUUGCUGUGAAACGCCCAACAAAAACGGUGAUGAUAGCAUGUGUUUCACCCUUGUUAAGGGAUGCAAGACACACAAUCAACACUUUGAGGUAUGCGUCGCUCCUUGCUGUUUCUCCUCCUGCACGUGUUGUCGCAGAUGAUCCGGACGACCCAAACGGGUUUGACAGACAGCAAGCAUUGGAAUUUUUGGUCCGUUGUUCAAGAGGGAGGAUAACUGAACCUGAGUCUAUUCUUCCCGAAGGAGAUGGACGAACUUUAGUUCACAUUCCUGAGGCAGAGUUUAUUAGACGCAUAUUGGAAUCUCAUUCAAAUAUAACCGAAAAAGCAGCGAAACAGAUUUAUACCUCAAUAUGGCAAAAGGUUGUAGACGCAAGAACAAGGGGUCGAAAAGUGAUGACGGCAGCGAAAGGAGCUUCAUUUACUAAAAAAAGUGCUUGUACAAGAAAGUAA